UGCAAAAUUUUCAUUAUGAAUAACAAAGAUAUAGCACCGAUUACUCAAAAUGAGGAAAAUAGCAACUCGGAUUCGCAAUCAACACCACAACAACCACAACAGGUCGGAGGUUCUUCUAAUCAGAGUUCUGUCGCAAGUACAGAAAGCAAAAAAUUGAAAUACAAAUUAAGAAUUCCGCCGCCUCUGAAAUACAGCGACGCUUCGAAUACAACGAUUGAAAUAACUGAGAGUUUUAUUGAAGAUAAAAUGAUGAUUGAUUUGACGGUUAAAACUUUGGAUUCGCAGAAUCAUCCCUUUCAUGUUGAAGAAGAUAUUACAAUAAGACAGUUCAAAGAGAAGAUAUCAGACAGCCUAAACAUCCCACCAGAUUCACAACGACUGAUAUUUUGUGGACGAGUUUUGCAAGACGACAAGAAACUUUGUGAAUAUGCCCUUGUUAGCGGAAAUGCUAUCCACCUGGUGCAGAGGCCUCCGCCCUCGCAGACCGGAUCCAGCGGAGCAGGCGGCAGAAGUGCCACUACAGGGAGCAGUCCUGGUGCUAGCAGCGGCAGCAGAACCGGCAACGGAAUGCGUCGCAGCCACACGUUCAGGAUGAGACCUUCAAAUACUGACAGGAACGGUGUGUACCUUGGCUCAAUGCCUUAUGCUGACGAUCUGGGAGACGCCCAAGGAAAUGGUCGCCUCUCCCGAGCCAGCUCGUGGUUAUGCGCCAGCAGACUAAACUUGGCCCGCAGGAUGUUGCGUCGAGCAAACGCUCUGAUCGUCGCCUUGGAAGACCCUAGGGCUGCUUCGCCCCCCAGAGACAUGCACUCUCCUCCUGCUACAGUGCACGUCACACAGGCCGUCGAGGUUUUGGAAGUCGGAAUCGCACAUGUCGGAGAUGUCGGGCAUGUUGGUGUUCCAAAUAUAACAAUAUUCCGUGAAGCAAGUGACCCAACGGUGACAGAUGAAGCUGUUAUUCACAUUGGAGAUCCUCAGCAAAUGGACAGCCAGGAGGCUCCACCUGAACAAGAGACAGCAGCAGAACAGACGGAGGCAUCUGCACAGCAAAGCGAGGCUGCUAAUACUGCUGGACGUAGCACUCCACAAUUGGGAUCAGCACACAGCUCUGAUAGUUUGGCAAGCACCGACAGCUUCACGUCGGCCAAUGAAAUGCCUGUAAAUGCAUCAGCUCAGCAAUCUUCGACCAAUCAGGAGUCUGCAAACACCAGCGACAGCACUGCCAACAGCGGAAACAGAUCGCAAAGCAAUUCUCGUCCAAAUACACCAUUGGCUCCUCUUGCUGCACUUUUAGAUGAACUGAAUGGAGUGCAGGCUCGUUUGCAGCCAUUCCUUCUACAAUACCAUCAGAUUUUGCGGACUGAUCCAACUUAUCCUGAUCAUGAAACAGCAGCAAAUGCCCAACGAAUGUUCAACCGUGUAUCCCAGAUUCUGCAUCUCUUGUCUCAUGCUUAUCAUAUCAUAAGCGACCUGAUGGUUGAUUUGCAUCAGAACGCACCAAGAUUUUUGACCUGCAGACCGGUACUGAUGCAGAGAUCAGUUGUUGGUCGAGCUGGAAUGCCAACUAUUGUAACGGAGAAUUUUGUAAAUGAGGUUCCCAACAUCACUAUUUCUACAAACUUGUCUAAUGGACGAAGCAAUGGUACAGCAGCGCCAAAUACUGCUUCGGCUGGAAAUAAUGGUACUGAAGGCAAUGCGCCAAAUGCUGAAGUUCCAAGUGAUUUUGGACCUCACAGCCAAAACUUUGAAUUCAUGCUUCCUGAUGGUUUGGCAAUGGGUGGCAAUGUGGAGGUCGUCAUGGAGGUGUCUCCGAGGUUCAACAGACCUAUGAAUAAUACCACAGAAGGUGCUCCGACAGCAACCACAACUGCAACCACUGGAUCCAACAAUACCGGUGCAGGCAUUACUAUUCCCAUGCCCGAAGAUAAUCGUAUGAUAACCCAAAUCAUGCAGGCUGUGGCUGGUCAAAUAAUCAACCGUAUGCAAGCUGGGGGCACACCCUCAGUGAACGUAGUCAAUGUUACAGCAAGUGUCUCAAGUGCUCCCAAUGCUCAGACUAAUAAUAAUACUGCUCCACAAGCAGGGCAAAAUUCUCAAGCUAGGGUCAACACGGCUACACAUCCUACAACUUCGACUCAAACCAGGUCCACUGCCAGGCCCCAUGUUCAACUCAGACAGGGAGGUGGAAUACGAUUGCCAUUUGGUGGUAUAUGGGGUGGUUUAACCAACAACUUCGACCCCUACUUGCCGUGUAACUCCCAUCACUUGCGUCCCAGGAAUCAAAACAACAUCAACAAUAACAAUAAUACUACCAGCAAUGAGAAUAACAACACACCCAAUCUCAAUCCUGAUGAAAAUGCCAGUGCUCCGGACAGAGAUCAGGUUGUUGAUCCAGUUCGAGCUGCAGUCAAUGUUGCUGCCUCGAUGGCUUCAUCAAUGGCUUCUAGCAUGGCUUCGGCUGCUGCUGCUGCUGCUGUUAAUGGAGCCCCUGUGGACUUGUUCCGUAAUGUGUUAGCAUCUCAGUCUAUGAUCAAUACAUUGCAAAAUGCAGUUGUGCAAGUCAUCGAUGGCCAAAAUAGCGGAGACCUGCUUCUAGAUUUCAUCAUGGAAUUGGUUCAUCGUACUCCACUCAAUGACUUGUUCUCAAUGCUGUCUGGUGGUGACUCUUCGCCAUUGAAUGAGCUCCGUAAUGUAAUAAGGAGAUUCUUACUUAAUCACUUGGCUCCUGGACAAGAUAGUCUUAAUCAGGAUGAUUUGCGUGAAGCUUCCAACAGGGCAGCUGAGUGGAUGCAAAAUCAUCUCAGUUCUGUGAAUACAAUCCCAACACGUGAUGACAUAGACUUGCCUGCUACAUUGUGUUCAAUUGUACGAGCACGUUUACCAGACCUGAUAACAGUGGCUAUGGACCAGGACAGAAGUGCUGGUGAAAAUAACUACGGAAGACGUUUAACUGGAGAACUGAGGCAAUUUGUUGAAUUAAUAGUUGCUGCUGUUAUGAACUCUUGUCAAGAUGGACAGAGGGGUGCUGAGCAGGCAUUCCAACGCUUUGUGGCCUCCGUUACACGUGGAGCUGAUCCAAAUCUACUAAUGCUUGCUAUGUCGUACAGUGUAGCCGAGUAUAGGAAUUAUAUGAACACUGUCAAUGUCAAUCCUGAUGUUAUUCAGCCGUACAUUGUUUAUAAGAGUCAACGCAGUUCCAAUUGCCAGUCUAUGGAUGUCGAUGACACGGACAACAAUGACCAGCGCACCUCAUCUGUGCCUUCAAACCAACCAAGCAGCAGCAGCUCAUUAUCAGGACUCAGCACCAACACCGAGACCUGCACCCAAAGUAGCAAUGCUGGUUCCUUGAAUGAAGUUCCUAAUAACAAUGACAAGAGCGCCAAUUCGAAUCCUGGUGAAGCCAUGAAUAAUGUGAGACCUGCUCCGCCUCCUCUGCCUGAUAUAGAAUUGGAUGAAGACACUGCAGAACCGGUUGCUGCAGAAGUUGUCAUUGGAAGUCAACCGUGGCAUAAUGCAUUACCAGCUGACUGGGUUCCAAUAAUCAGCCGUGAUGUGAUCAGGCAGCGCAGACAAACUUCACAGUCACCACUCAGUGAUGCUUACUUGCAAGGAAUGCCAUCGAAGCGUAGGAAGUUGAUAACAUCAGAAAGACCUUCUUUGAAUCUGGCACAAUCUCUUCAAGAUACCAUGAGGCAGACUCUUCAGUCUUCGAAUCAGUCAUCAACAGCAAGCAUUCCAGUAAACGACAUAGUUUCUCAAUCUGCAGAAGAUGCCACACUUUUAGAAGCCUAUCGACAACAGAUUGCGAGUUGCAUAAGAUCACGUCUGCAACAGGAUCCUGAUUUUAAUCCCGCUUUAUAUCCAAAUAGCCAGCAAAAAUUUAAAUAGUCAAUAAAUUAAUGAAUACAUAUUUUAUAUAUAAUUGAUAGUUUUAAAUUAUUGAUGAAAUAGCACGAUUUGAUUAUAAAAAAAGUUCUUUUGGAUUUUUUAAAAAAAUUGUAAGUAUAAAUUUUUAACUUUUUUUUGAAGCAAAUUUUGUGAAAUUUGCUUUGGGUAAAAGUUUGAUUGAACUUUUAGACUGACAAAAUUAUAUAUUGUUUAGUAAUAAAUAAUAAUAUGCUUAACUUUCAAGGGCUAGUUAGGAUCGUCCGAUAGAAUUUUGAUUAAUUUGCUCAUCUACAAAUGAGGACUUU